AGAAGGAAUUUCUAAGUCUAAGGAUAUGUUACAGUAUUCAACUUCAGAAGAUAACAUCACAUUAUUUUCAAAUUUUCAUUCCUGCAUUCCAACAGUGUAUGGGAGAUCUAAUCCUGAAUCCUUACUAUUUUGUCAAUUCUAUGGUAUCUCAUUGUGGUCUUAUUUAGAUUUAAUAAUUAACAAUGUUGAGUACCUUUCCACAGGCUUAUAAUCCAUCCUUCUUCUUUCUGCAAAAUACCUUUUCAUGACUUUACUGCUUUUUUCUAUGACACAGUCUUACCCUAACUGAUCUGUGAGAGUUCUUUAUAUAGUCUGUAAACUAACCACUCGUGGAUUACUUUCAUGAAAAUAUCUUCUCCCAAUUUGUGACCUGUAUCUUCAAUCUAUUUUACUUCUGAAAAACAUAAUUUUUCAAAGCUUUUUAUUAUGGACAAGUUCAAACAAACACAACAAAAGUGGGAAGCGCAGGGCUCAGCCACUGGCCCUCCCCAGAGGCCAUACCCUGAGGAUGCAUCCUACCCAUGUUUGGGAGACGGCAGCGGCCUCUCGCCGGGCCACACCAACGCCAAAGCCAGCUCUCUCUCAGAGAACUGUGGGUGCAGGAUGAACGGCUCGUGCCAGCAAAAGCUAUGGCGGGAAAAAACGGGUACACAGCGGCAUGCUGGGAACGCUCAGAGCAUGCUGGGAGCACGCAGGGUAUGCUGGGAGCCCUCCGGGUAUGCUGGGAGCCCUCCGGGUAUACUGAGAGAGCUGGGGUACGCUGGGAUAAGUCGGGGUCAGAGUUGUUUACACGCAAUUUUCUGAUCAGUCUUUGAAGUUGACAAGAGAAAGAGAGGACCACUCACAGGAAUUUUUUGGUGACUUUGCUGCCUGAUUACUGAGGCAUUCAGUCAACAGGAAAAUAUGAAUGCUUCUAAGCAGCAGUCACUGUUCUUCAUCACACUUCCAGAUUUACACAAACUCUGUGCUGUCAAGAUAAUAUUGAAUAACGGAGUGGCAGACACUGAGAUUAGGAGUAGACAAAUGAAGAUAUGCAGGCAGUUGCUGUUUUUGCACCAAGAUAUCCUUACAUCACCUGUACUUGGAAUAUUUACCCAAAUUUGGGUGGUGAUGGCGAUGACAUUUUAUAAAGCUGGAAAACUUCAUGCCUAUGUGGAAAAAUACAGAGCUAAGGUGGAGGCUCCACAACAAGUAGUUCCUAUAAUUCUUCAAAACUGCCUUUCAUAUUCACUCACAGCUAGACUUGCUCCAGCCUGGAAUAAAGCUGGCCAUCUCUUGGUACAAGGAAGAGAAUUUCUUUCUCAGAUGGGAAAGCAAAGUGCUGUUGAGUUAGAUAUCAAUGUAACAGCAACUCAAGUUUGUCUAAGCAUAGAAGCUCAUACAAUCAGACUGCCACCACCUCAGCUAAGAGAAUUUGAUAUUUCUCCGAGUAUUAUAAAGAAUUUUGAAACUAACCAGAGUGCUGUUAUUGAGGAACAGUCCAUUUUAAGCAACUGGUGCUACGUUCUGCCAAGUAUGAAAAUGGGACGAGUGAUAAGUAUUCUUCACUCCAUACCCCCUGACUGUCCCUUCCACUCAUAUGAAGAUUUCCAGAUGCACUGGGAUGGCCUGUACGGCUAUAAGCUUCCAGAAGACCUUGGAACUAUUAAAAUAUACUGUAGCGUCUACUUCAAAAUGAUAGGAGAAAGGAUCUUCACGUACCCUCUCAGUUGCAUCAGAAGUCAACCCAUACAGUUCUUUCCAAGGGUAGAUACGGAAGGUGUGUUGAAAAGCUUUCUUUCAGAUUUAAAAUCUAAACUGCCCCAUAUAUGUGGAUUUCCCAUAAAGAUGACAACUAAACCGUGCUACUACACACAAGAACUAACCCCACUGCAUUUGCAGGAAAACAAAGUCAAGCUUCCCAAUCUAACGGCUGAACAGAGGUUCAGGUCCGCUCCAGCUCCAGCCCCUUCCCCAGGACCCUCCCAGGCUCCGAGCUUCCCGCCGUGCUCAGCAGCUGCGGGCCACAAGGGGGCGCCCUCGGCCAGCCGGCCGAAGCCCGCGGGGUCCUGCGCUCUGCGCCUCCAACCGGAGUCUGUGCAGAGCAGCAAGAAACUGCUGUCCGACCAGGCCGCACUAGUACUGGGAGCACCCGCGCCCAACAGAGGAAGUGCUCGAGUUCAAGACACAAGCUCUAGCCCCCAACGUAAUAUUGCCCCUAAAUUCAUACCAGUUUUCAAAAGUCGACCAUUACAGAUGAACAGAAGUAUCUUACCACCUGAGAACCUGAGAAGAAAACGUGUUGAUACAGAAUCUAAGUUGUUUUCCCUUAAAUCUAGUGAGAUCCAGGAUGAUAAACCGAAUUUAGAUCCAACUACUAAACAACGUAAUCAUAGCAUUCAGAUGAAGGCUAAAAAUCUAAAUCUCAAGACUUGUAGAUCUCGGCAAGAAAAAAACACUGAGUCCUAUGGAAAUAUGACAAAAAAUCCACUUUCUAGUGGAAGAUCAUUGAUCAUGAGUUCAAGUGAAAGUAAACAACUGUCUAAUAGUUCAGUAUUUCAAAUGCCAGCUGGCAAUUUAGGUGUAAUAAAAAGUGCUGUUGGCUCCCAAGUGAAUGGAAAAGAGAAUUUGACAAGCAAAUAUAUAACACAGAUUUUAGGGAAAAGCCAUGAGUCACUAAAAGUGAAAAGCCAGCCACAUAUUUUUGAAUCAGACACAGAUCAGGAAGAUUCCCAACCGCCAGAGCCGCAGUCAGUUGGCCAAACUAAAGAAUCGGAUGUAACUGACCACCGAUUAACAGUCAGCAGAACAGCCCCCAGGUCUAAAAAGAAGUUAUGUCAGGACUCUCCAAAAACAUCAAAGAAGCCUCGCUCCAAUACUGUCCUUUGUGGACAAUCCCGUGCUUCUAGGAAGCAGAUAUAUCACUUGGACGAAUCAAAACCCAAGAAGUCUCUCAUUCCUAAAGCUUAGGACAUGGAUGUGAAAGAAGGAAAUAUCCAGCAGAGAUAACCACUCUGAACAAUGGAUGGACAUGCACACACUCCUGUGAACAAGGAAUCAGGCUCUAUAUGCUGCUGUGGAAACUCUUUUUUCACUCGACAGGCUUUUUCAUCGUUGGAUACUAUUCCAUUGCUAUCAAAUACAUUGUUACUGUGUUUGACUGUUCCUAAUGAUUGACAUUUAAGUUGUUCCCAACUUUUCACUAUAACAACACACAUUACAUAAUUAGUCUAGUACAGAUCUUUGCAAAAUGUCCAUUUAUACAGUAGUUUUGUUCAUUGGAAAUGUCUUUAUUUUACCUUUACUAUUUUUAUUAUUGAAACUUGCUUGGAUUCUUUAUUUUUACUAUUAAAAUUUUCAACCACAGAACAUAUAGAUAAUAGUAUAAAAAACCUCUGAGUACCUAUCACCCUGCUUCAAGAAUUGUUAAUAUUUUGCCACUCUGUUUCAUCUGUUUAUCAUUGACACACUUUUUUACUAUACUAAUUUAAAGUGAAUUCAGCCCAUCAUUUGUUUUACCCUAAAUAUGUUUUCUCUUACAGAUAAAGCAUAGAAUAUUUUUAAAGAAAAAGAAAAGAAUGUGUUUAUAUACAUUACAUUUUGAAGGUCUACCAUAUCUUUGUUGAAUCACUAAAUUUCAUUUUAGUUUAAUAAGCAAACUAACAGGAAGCCCUCCAUAAAAAUAAAAUCGAUUUCACAGAAGAACUAGAACCUUCAAUCAUAUAAUCAGCAUACUGGAGGGAGAUUUUAUUCGUUCAGUCUUGCAGUGAUAAGACUUCAGUUGACUGGGUAGUUUAGAGUCCAGCAGUCCCAUUCCAUUCUGGGUUCCUGGCCAAGAUGUAGAAGUAUAAAUAUAUCGAAGCAAAUGUCAACAAUGACAUUUGGUCUAAUAUUUAAAAAGAGGGAAACUGAAAUGGAGCUUCUGUUCUAACAAGUAUUAUUCUGGCUUUCAAACAUUUUAGAUAUUUAAUUUACAAAAUGUGAUAUAAUUGUUGUGGUAAGGUAUUUAAAGAAACCAAAAAUCCUUAUUGAUGUCCCACUGAAAUAAUCCUUCAUUAAAAAAGAGCUAGUAGAGAGUCAAAUAGAAGUUGAACUUAGAUUUUUUUAGUGUGACUUGCUGCUUUUACUACUUCACUAAACCAUUGCUAUUAUGGGCAAAAAUGAACACAAAUUUUAUUUCAAAACUGUAAAUAUAAUUAUUGCUCUUGAAAUUGUACCUUGUUAGUUUACUGUAUACCUUUGCUCUAAAAAUUUCUAUUUUCCAGAGUUAUCUCUAUUUUAUAAUUAUUUUACCAUUUUCAUAGGGAAGUACAUCUGCUUUAAACCCUGUUUUGAAUAUGUCUUUCUCAUUCUAAAACUAGUAUGAUGGACAACUAGUAGACUGCAGUAAAAAACAGUAUGUCACUUUGUGAGCUAUGGUGAAAAUAUUUAUGAAAGUACUGUUAAUAAAGAUAAAUAUUUGAUGACUUGAUCAGUCAUCCACAACACAUACUCAUUCCUGAAACCAGUGUUCCUCCUGUUCCAUGUAUCUCUAGACUGCCUUCCUGUUACUGUUCUGUUAUCAUGCCUCAGGAGUUAAAACUUAGUUUACUAUUAGACUUAGCAAAAUAAUUUAAAAAGAUAAAUCCACUUGAUCAAGUAGUGUAUUGUAUCCUCCUGUUCAUUAUAUACAAAAUCUUGAUAGCCCUUCCUUCAUUCCGUUAGUGUCUAAAACUUAGAAUUUAUAGGAAAGUAUUUCUUUAGAUAAAUAUUAGCCUACAUGGCAAAAGCCUGCUUAUGUUAGGAUCAGUCUGUUUUCUGGUAUAGAGUAGGUUUAUUUUUCAUCUUGUAAUAUUUAUAAUAUCUAAAUGAAAAUUUACCAAAUAUAUAUAUACAUAUAUAACAUAUAAAUGCAUAUACAUAUAUGUGUAUGUAUAUAUGAUUUACUAUAAAGAUAAAUUGAUUGAUAAUUUACUAGUCCAUAUUCAGGCCACAUUGUGUUCAAAUUCAGUGGAGAAAUCAAUGAAGUUUUUGUUUCAUUUUAAAGAUUAUAAUUUUGAAAGCCAGAAUAAUUCCAAGUCUAAUUAAGGGAAACUUACUUAUUUUCUUGUUUAAAUUUUUGGUUAUCUAUAUGCAUUGUGGGAUACCCCUAACUCUGCCCCCAAAUCAUUUUUCUUUAGUACCAUUACAACUUUAAAACCAUAAAUAAAUGAUUUUGUUUGCCUAAAUGCAGAAUCUGAAAAGCUCAGCCAUUGCAUUUAAAAACGAAGUAUGCUGAAAUUAAUGUUAAAACUCACCUUCACAGACAUUUAAAAUUUUUUUCCACACUUUAUAUUUUAAAUUUCACAAUUUUGCUUACUAUGUCACUAUUUUAUUUGUAUUUUAUUAUAUAUUACUAUAAUUUUUAUAUCUCAUUUUAUUUAUAUUUUAUUUAUUGCGUACAUAGCAAGUAAGUAAGAAAUAUGAGUUAGUCAAUGAUUAACUUUUAUCUGACUAGCCAGUUUACUAAACAGUUUGCUGUUUUUCAAAUUUCACAUCAUCUGCUGCUAUGCUGAAACUGACAAUAUAUUGAGUAUUUGCUGAUACUUAAGAAUGGUCAGUAUUGAUAAGUGCUUAAAGAUGUCAUGGUCUUUAUUUGUUGAUGGUUAAAAUACUUAUGUUGUAUCCUACAUGGUGUCAUAGUGGUUUAUUUUUAAUGAAAGAAAUGUUUUUCAAAUAGAUGUAUUUCCCUAUGUCAGAGUGACUGUAAGUAGGACUGGAAAGGCUUGGAUAAAUAAUAAAUUCUCUUACCUCUGUGA